AUGGCCGAGCCCACCGCGCCGGCGUCGUCGGUCCAGCAGCUCUUCGACCACCCGCCCCAGCUGCUGCAGCUGCUCGUCGUCUGCGCCGGCCCGCUCCGGCUGCUCGCCACGCUCUGCCAGGCCCUCAGCUGGACCCACCCCCAGGGGCCCUGGCCGUCCUGGAUCCUGCUCUUCGCCUUCUGGCUGCUCUGCCACGCCCUGCCCGUCAUCACCGCCUGCCUCACCACCCUCCCGCUCUCCGUGCUCGUCGGCCAGCUCGUCCCGCUCCGAUCCCUCCUCAUCCUCACUGGCUCCGCCCUCAUCUUCGCCUCCUCCCCCUGGUUCACUCAGCUCGCCAGCCUCCUCCACAGGGCCCCACUCAUCCUCCUCCUCGAAGCCGUCACCGCCGAUCUCUUCCUCCAUCUCCGCUUCCAGCCGCUCCUCAGAUGGACCCAAUUCAUCAACCCCAACCACCACAAAUCUACCAUUCUCGCCUCCAUAUCCACCUCCCUCUCCAACCUCCUCUCCAUCAGAAAUGACGCUCAUUCGGAUGGAGAUUCGUCCUUAGAUCAGACACAGGAGAUCGAAUUCUGUCUGACGAUAUUCGAGAACCAGCGAUGGUGGAUGGGCCUAGAUUGGACGCCGAACCUGCUUCCCCACGAGCGUGCGAACUGGACGGACUCCGAGAACCAACCGGUGUCUCCACCGGGGACGUUCAAGCUUCCAGGGCCACGAGAGUAUGAGGGCGUAGAGGGGGGAGUCGCGGUGCGGCGACGGGUGGAGUGGCAGUGGGUGGACUCGGAGUGGAGGAUGGUCGACCCCCAGACCGCCCAGGACUUCGUCAUCGACGCCGACCCGGCGCCCGGCGGUGGCCACAGCCCUUCGCUUGCCGCCCCGCUACCCGACACCGCCGAGGCCUCUACCUCAGCGUCCAACCCUACGCCCCCACAGAGCCCCGCCCUCUCGCUCCGCAGAGCGCGCAACCGCUCCGCGUCCUCACACAUCGACUCGCCCGGAACUUCCUCCACCCUGGACGCGGAGAUCGUGCUGGAGUGCUUGCGCAACGCCGGGCUGGGCGCCGGGCUCGUCAGCGGCCCGGCACCCAGCACCUCCCCGGCGUGGGAAGUAGAUGCCAACGGCUGGCAGUACGGCGAUAACCAUUGGGAGAAGAUGAGCAAGAAGUCGGGCAUAGGACGGUACACGCGACGCCGGGCAUGGACCCGGAAAGCCCGGCUGCUCUCGACGCCCUCCCCGGAGACCGUGUUGUCCGACCACCCCGCCCUCGACUCCUCCCCCGCCGCAUCCCCCUCCCCCGCUUCUUCUUCCAGCAUCAUCACGGAGCCGACCUCGACUAUCAUCCAGCCCCCGCCGUCGGCCGCUUCUACCGCCCUCUCGCUUAACCUUAAGCGCUCCCUCGGCCUCCUCAGACGCAAAUAA